UCCGCAGGCUCAGAGGCGCGGCGGCGGGAUGUGGGCGCCGGGCGGCCCCCCGGGACCUGCGGGCUGGGACCGCCGCAGAGUGGGCGCGAGGCUGCGCGCGGCGCUGGCUGGGCUGCACGAGCUGCGGGGGCUGCGCGCUGCGCAGCAGGCGCGAGUGCAGGGUGCCCUGGCCAUGCAGCCGGCGCCCGCUGGUCCCCGCGGCCCCAGCGGCCAGGAGCUUCGGCUGGAGGCGGCGCUGGCCGCUCUGCAAGAGCAGCUGUCCCAGCUACGACGGCAGGACACUGGGCUGCAGACCCACCUGGACCAGCUGGACCAGCAGAUCAGUGAGCUGCAGCUGGGCGUGCACAGGUCUUCUGUCGAGGUCCCUGACAGCGACAGCAGGCCCAGCUCAGGCUUCUACGAGCUGAGUGAUGUGGGCUCCUGCUCUCUGUCCACCUCCUGUGCCUCAGUGUGCAGUGACCGCCUGUCCCCCUCCCUGGGCAGUCUGCUGCCUGCAGUCUCCAUGGUCAGGCCCAACAUGGGGGACUGGCGACCUCGGUCUGCUGAUGAGACCACUGUGCCAGCAUGGAGACCCCAGCCCAUCAAAGAGAGUGGCAGGCUCCUGGACAGUGGAGGGGACCCUGGCCAGCCCAGAGGCAUGUUCCGGCCCAGGCCAGUGUCUACAGGAGAUCUUGAACGCGUCCUCCCAGUGGACUUGGGGCUCCGGAGAGUUGACCAGGAGGCCACAUCCCCCUCUCACCUCUGCCAGGGGAUGGAUGUGCCAUCCCCCAAGCUGGACCCCAAGUACCAGCGUGACCUGGUGUCCAGGGGGGGCCGGGAGGUGUACCUGUACCCCAGCCCCCUGCACGCAGUGGCCCUGCAGAGCCCCCUGUUUGCACUGACUCAGGAGACCCCGCCGCUAGAUAGCCGUUUGCCCCCCAGGAGCCCUCUUUUGGGCGCCAGGGACCUGAGCACCACCCCAGCAAGGCCAGUCCUUGAGGCAGGUCCAGCUGGAGCUUACAUUGACAGGCUGCUGCGUCUGCGAAGCCAAGAGGCCGCGUCCAGGGGACCUGGUGGGGAGCAGGGACCCCCAGGACAUGAAGCAUCCCCAUCCCCCAAGAAGCCAGAUGCCCAGAGACUGGACAGUGGAGGUCAGCCUGCGAAGCUGGUCUGUUCCCCAGGGAGAGGGGAUCUGGGAGUGGCAGCUCAGAGCAGGGCCAGCAGUAGAGACGGCCUUGGGCAGCAGGAACCUGCACCCCUCCUGCAUACCCAGUCCCCCAGACACCCCCGGGAAAAGGGCCCUGAGCCCUGGAACCUCUGUGCCUUCGGGGAGACCUCUGUGGGCCCCUCUCCCUGCCCCCAGGCACAGCAGCCCCAUGGAGACCGCAGCCCAGGCAUCUCGUCCUCUUCUGGGAGCGUGGACUGUGGAAGUCCCCCUAGAGCCCCAGGCCAUCUUGUCCACCCACCUUGCACCGCCAGCGAAGCCUCCCGGAUGGGGCUGAAGACAGGCCACCCCAAGACCAAGCCUGUGAAGGUCAGGAGGAAGGCCAGCGACAAGAUGCCGAGGCUUGGGAACCAGGCGCCACUGCUGCCAGAGAGACCUUGGGGUGUCCACGCUGCCCCCCAGCGGUCCCCAGAGUGUGGCCCCACACACAGGCCCCAGGAGGGAGGGCUCAGGAGGAGGCCUGGGCUGGCUGGGGUUGCUCCUGGACGGUCCUGUUCUGAGUCCACUCUGUACCCUGUGCCCUUCUUCGUCCCCCUGUUGGUGGCCCAGCGGGAGAGCUACCGGGCACCGUCCCAAGCCCUGUCCUCCUUGGAGACAGCCCCACUUUGUGCAGCCGCCAGGAGGAAGCAGCGCAGGUGGCAGUCCACCAUGGAGAUCUCAGCCGAGGCCCAUCUGGCCAGUGCUCAGGAGCCCAGCCUGGGGCCCUCGAGGUCCCCGGCCAGGAGAGCAGGUGGCCUACAGGCCCAAGGCCGGCCCACGCUGGCCCGCCAGGACGCCUGCUCCAGGAGCCAGUCGGACUCCGCAGAGUGCUCAGCAGAGUGUGCCUCGCUGCUGCAGUCCACCAUUGCGGAGAGCAGCGAGGAGGCGGCCAGCGACCACACUGCCAACCGCUUUGGGGACGGGGAGUCCAGCAGCAGCGACUCGGAGGACUGCUUCCAGAGCCACAGCCGCCGCCUGGGAGUGGACGUCGCGGCUGCCAGGCGGGGGGAGCUGGCCUGGCCCCAGGCAGUCCCCCAGCAGCCCCCACGGGCCCCCGUGGGUGCAAGGCCUCCCCUACCCCCAGUGCCCAAGCUGUGCCGCAUCAAAGCCUCCAGGGCCCUGAAGAAAAAGAUCCGCAGGUUCCAGCCGGCGGCCCUGAAGGUCAUGACCAUGGUGUAAGGCAGGCUCCUGAUGGCCCGUCCCUCUGCGUGGACAGGUGUGGGUUUGCAGGUUGGCUUCACUCCUGAGUGGCCACUGGAGGAGCCGUGGGAGGCCUGGCCUUGGGAUAUGGCUGCAUGCUCUGUGGGGAGAUCUUUCUUCCCAGCAGACUCAGGAGAACUGUGAAGUCACAGAGGACACAAGUGGCCUCUGCCAGCAGCCCCUCUGACGUCUCCGUCCUGUAGUCCAGUGGUUGCUUUCCUCCCUUGACCUACUUCAGCCUCAGCCGUCCCUCCAGAGACCGUUAUUGGAGGAGUGUGGCCAACUCUGCUGGUGCCGCUGUGAACUGGGGCUCAUGUUAAGCUCUCCCUGCGAAUAAACCCCAGUUUGCCAUUGUCCUCGCCCGGAGAAGCACGCGUCUCCUUGACCCGCAGCCUGGUCCCUGUGCGGCAGGCCCCGGGUGCUCCGAGAGCGCCCUCCUUCCUGUGCUGGCCUGGAGGGCAGGAGAGACCUGGUGGGAGCAGGGUCCCCCUGGGCGUCCAGGCACGGUGGGAAAACGACUUCCUUUGGGUGUGGGUUUUUUCCAAAGAAAACUCCCCUCGGCCUCUCAAGGAGCAAGAUGGAGACUUUAACUCAGCUGCUCGGAGACUGUCCCAGCCUGCACAGCCCACACCAGGCUUUGUCCUGGGCCAUCACAGGCUGCUCCAAAGUGCACCCUGGCCCAGAGCUGGAAAAGGGUCGGGGGCACCAAAGUCCUCACACUUCCAGACCCCCCUUCCUAAUUUUGGGAAGAAGCUCUUAAGAAAACUACUGAAAAUACUAGUAGAUUUAUCCCAGUUGUCAAAUAUUCCUGAACAAGCAGCCAGCUUUGGGUGCAGUCUGAGGGGCCUGACACUGUAAAAGUUGAUUUGCAUCUUAGAAUUGAGAAGAGGACCUCCCGUCCUUCCUGCACGGCUUCCUGGGCGCGCCAUUCCAAGACGCACGGUCCAGCUCUCCUCCUGUGGGCCCCAGGUGAUGGGAAACUGGCUUUGCCAGGACCUGGCCUGCGAGGCCACUGAGGCAGCUGGUCGUCCUGGCCUGGCCGCCGAGGCCCUGGGCAAGUCCACACGGUGCUCGGGGGCGCUGUGUCCCCAGCUGGGCAUCCUGGGGAUGUGGUGGCUCCUUCUGCUCACUGGACAUCUGCUGUAGCAUCUACUGGGGCUUUCACGAAGCUUCCAGUGAACCACCUGGAAAGUGCACCCCCUCCUGCUCUUUGUGAGGCGGGUCGUGUCCUGCGUCACCUGUCACCUCCGGAAGGCAGGCUGUCACUGAGCAGGCUCCCAUGCAGGCUCUGCAGAGGGGAGUGAGAGGGUUUGGGAGGCUCAGCCUCUCUGCUCAUCCCCCUGGAGAGCCGCCUGACUCCUGAUCAUUCAGGUGCCCCCUGCCCCAGCCUGCAGGCCUGUCCACAGCCCUGAAAACCAGCCAGAACACCACACCACCCCAAACCAGUGGGCAGAAAGGGUCUCAGUGACCACAGUGCAGAGCAGCCAGGAGCGGCCUUGCCCUGCCCGCUGUGUGUCUGUCUGUCUUCCUCAGCAGCUUGCCCCUCCUGUCCACCCUCCUUCCUCUCACCCUCUACUGCCUGUCAUUAAGGAAAAGUGUUCCAGGGACACUGACUGAAGUGGGCGAGGGGGACACCAGGCAGGACCGUCCUGACAGCAUCAAGGACAUGCAGUGGGAUCCCCGGGAGGCAGCAGGGGCCAGAAGGACGCGAUGGCCAAGCAGCAGGAAAUGACCAAGAGGGGCAUCUGGGGUGGGGACUGUGUCUAAAUCCCCCCCACAGGAGUGUCCUGAGGGCAGCCCUGGUCCUCAGGUUUCCCAUAGGGAGAGCCUAGUUGGACCUGCGAGGCAGGGGUUCUUACGAACCUGACUCAGCAAGCCCUGGCCGAGACCAGAUUUCACAAAGACCCUCACUGGUGGGCUGGGGAAGCUCCAGUAGCCCACCACAGAGGGGCCUGAGGAUCCCGUCUCUCCCCGUCUCUCAGUGGGGCCAACAGGCAUUUUGGUUUCCUGAGCUGGACCCUUGCUUUCUGCUCUGUUACUCUCAAGGAGGUUUGGAGCAAGUGAAUACAAUGCUCAUGAUUCCUAAUGGUUCCCCUGGCUGCGGGCUGACCCUCCCUCAGCAGUGAGCAGGACCGAGCAGCCGUGGGGCAGCCAGUGGCCAGCGUGUGGCCUUAGGCUGCUGUCACAACUGGGCUGAACCGACUUCCUUUCAUAAAUGAGGUUGACAGUAGCUUUGGGUUUAGAAUGAAGAGCAAAUUGACAAUGUUAGACGUGGAAGCCUGGUCUCCUGGGCUCAACAGAGGGCCUUGAGCAGGACAUGGCCUCCUGGUGGGGUGAAGAGUCCCCAGGCUCUUAAGGCACGUGGGCAGACUGCAAUGUGCAGGCUCUGGGGCAGGUAUAACUCAAGGAAGUAAUUUACAUACUCACAACCAGGCACGGUGACCCAGGCCUGUGAUCCCAGGGACUCAGGAGGCUGAGGCAGGAGGCCUGCAAAGCUCAAGGCCAGCCUGGGCAACUUAGUGAGCAACAUUCUCAAAAUAAAAAGGGCUGGGAUGUGGCUUAGUGGUAGACGUCAAGCAUGGGUGGGGUCUUGGGCUUGAUUCCCAGCACAGCCAAAAAACAAAACAAAAUGGAAAACACAGUGACAAGUCAGAGCACCAGUGAUGGACGAGAAGCCCCUUGAGGCCAUGGGUGGACGGUCCAGGGUGGACUCAGGGCGGAGUGCCCAGAACAAGCGUGAGCCGAAUGUUGCCCAGGACACCGUCCAUGCAUCCAUCCGCCUGAGAGCAGCUUCCAGCCAGUGUGGUCAUCUUCCAGACAGACGUGGGUGGCCAUUCGCAGUGAGGAGACCCAGCAGGCAGGCUGUGUCCUGUGACAUGGGGACUCAGGGAGGCACCAAUGGGCGCACCCAGAGGCAGAGGAACUCACUCGUCCCUCCUGCUGAGAGCUGAGGACUCACCUUCUGGCUGUGAGAAAUCCUUUGUAGCUUCUAGCAUGAUUGAAAUAAAAUAUUUUAGCUAAAUAAAUAAAUAGAAACAAAGUGA